AUGGUCAUUCCUCCUGAGGAUUGGCCCUUUGACGAUCUUUUUGAUGAUGAUUUUGAUCUGUUUGUUGAUGGUCCUCCCGAUGAUGCCCAUGGUGAUAGAGAGAUCGAUGAGGACGUUGUUAAUGUUCCACUUCUGGGGAUUCCUGUUAUUGAGAUUUCUUCUGAUUCUAGUUUACAUUCUGUCCCAGAUUCCUUUGAGUCUGUGUCAUCUUCCGCUUUACAGGCAGUUGGUUUGCGACGUUAUGCCACUGAUUCUGACGAUGAUACAACUAUGUCAGCUGCACCGUCUCCUCCACAUGACAUUGAGCCUGGACUUGAGCCUGAUUUUGUCCCUAUUGAUCAGCCUGUUGAUGCACCCGCUGAUCCUGAGCCGAUACCUGCACCCGAGCCUUUGCCUGACCAUAAUCCUAUUCCUUUUGGCUUACCUGACAUUGCACCACUCAUACCAGAUCCAGUUCCUACACCCGCUGACACUCCUGUUAUUCAGCCAGUCACUCCCCCACUUGCACCUGCAUCUGUUGAUGUUGCUCCUUUUCACCCAGGAGAGUCUGAUGUACACAGUGUCGACCUGCCUAUUGUUUUCUUGAAGGAUAUACCCACACCCCGUCCAGGGGAAGGCACUUCUGGCCAGCAGCCUAGCCAUGACCCUCAUGUCAUCAUGCCACCCAGAUUCCUUCGAGGUAGAGGCAAAGGACCCGUGACAGGUCAUGAUCACGAAGCCGGGCCUUCGCACCGGCGAACCCCAUCCAUUACUAUGAGCACCAGCCCGCAAGAGCCCUGGAGACUCUAUGUCGAACCAGGAAGGCGAUCAGUAUCUCUUAGCUCCUCUCCUUCGUACCAACAUUCAUUUGGGCCCAAUUCUGAAAACGAGCCCAAUAACCAGCCUCCAGCUUUCAUACCUCUCCAAAGAUCAAAUUCUCACCAUUCUUUUGGCAGCCCAACACCCGUCUUCCAAAGCCGGUUUAACCCGGCUAACCUUUUGCCUGAACCCAUGGGUUUUAACCCACUCGGACCGGGAGACCACUUUCCAGAGGAGAACGACAUGGAUGAGGAUACUGACCCCGUGGAGCCAGCAUCUGGAACGCCGAACCAUCCCAUCGAAAUAUCAGAUGGGUCAUCAUUUCAUGGAUCGCCAUAUCGUGGUCCAGACAGCUACGAGGAAAGGUUCCGAAAUAUUGACUGGUACUUCACACCGUCUGAACACUCGCAUCAUGAGCAGCAACAGGAUCCUUCAGUGGAGGUAGAUCCAUACCUAGUAGCUCGGGAUUACAAUGCUCUUCAUCCUGAAGGACCGUAUGGAGGGCCAUGGACUACUGGUUACCCGACUUAUGGGUACCAGCAUCAGCCACCUCCUCCGCCGGUGUAUCAGCCGCCUCAGCCACCGAUUCAACAGGAAGUCCUUGAGAGGCUGAGCCAAGUUGAACAAGAAGUUCGUGAAGACCGCAAAGAGCGGCAAGGAUUUUUCAAGGGGCUAUCAGAUUUGCUUAAGGGGAAGUCGAAGAGGAGGGGUCAUUGA